AUGUGGCAAUGGAGACAGUCUCCGAGCAAUGAAUGGCAAAAUUAUUCCGAUAUUGAAACUGCAAUUAUCGAAGAUGUAUACAAUAGAUAUGGAAACCGUGUAGAGCUAGAAGACAAUGUAGUAGUUGAUUUAAAACAAGGCUUACACAUUAAUAAUGCUAAUAAGAAGAAAAAUGAAAAAGCAGCAGAAAUCAGACGAUUAUCACCCGAUUGUGACGACGCCGAAGCUUUCAGAAAUCGUAGACAAAGAAAUGAUCGUUUUUGUUCAGCACCGAAAAUGGAGCAGAAUACAAACGCAAAUUCGCCGUUGGGUGCCGCUAACUGGAAUGGAUCACAGUUCGUUUUCGAAUGGCAGAUGAAAUGUCCUAAUCUUGAGUCACUUCCAUACGGUGAUAUCAUGCGCCAAGCGCUUGAAGGAAUUCGACAAGAAGGUAGAGAAAUAGGUCUUGAAAAACAAGCUCAAUGGAUUGUUGAUCAUUUUAUGCCUGUUACCAAGGAAUCAUUCGAAAAUAUUUGCCAAGCAUGCAUACGUCUCUACACCAUGGAAGGUUUUGUAUAUCGUGUUCUUAAUACCACUCUACGUGAUAAUAAUUUGUCUAAGAUUGAUACUCUUGGUCCUCUGUGUUAUUUACUCUUUCAAUUUAAUUUCGCCCCUGAAUUACAAAAUCUGUGCUAUACGGGUCGUGUCUAUCGCAGCGCUGAGCUCACACCUGCUAUGGUGAAUGAAUAUAAACAAGCCAUAGGAAGUGUCCGUUCAUGGCUUGGAUUAACGUCGACAAGUCGACAACAGCAAAUAGCAGAAUCGUUUCCUCGAUCUACAGUCUUGUUUAUCAUUGAUAUUCGAGAUACAGCUUCUGAUGCUGCACGAGCAGUCGCUAAUUUAUCUACAUAUCCACACGAAGAUGAAGUAUUGAUUCGAGCAGGACGGCACUUUACGAUUGACAAAGUUGAAUCAACUAAAUCAUCGAACAGUAACAUAAAUACUUUGAUCUAUUUGACGAUUGAAUGA